AUGAUUACCACAAUGGUACAAACAGAAGACAAUAUUCAAAGCAACAAGAGAAGAAGAGUUGGCGAGGAGCCAGACCUUCACAGGUUCUCAAACCAAGCGGAACAGGAAAAGGAACCACCAAAAUGCUACGUCUCGCUGCUGGUCCUCAAGAUGGAGGAAUGCCUAGGAGAACUAGGCGUCAAGGAUCUAGAGAUGUCGGAACUGGAACGAAUGAGUAUCAUGAUUUACGAAUCGAUGUCAAUAUCCAGCCGAGAUUACCAUUCCGUCCAACAUGUGUUUGACAUUUCCAAGGACAUGACGAAGCCAAUUUUGAUUCUGAGUGCUCUAUUCCACGACUGUGUCUACUUUCAGGUAGACAAGAGCCUCACCCCGGCACAAGAAGAGCUACUUCAGGGAACUUAUACUACAGAUAGCAGGGGGAACCUGGAGUUUAAGGCGUCUUCAGAAGAAUGCAAUGACGAGUUAUUGAAGAUGGUCGAGUAUCUCUUUUCCUUGAGACCAGGGAAAAAGAUCGAAAAGGGACUGAAUGAAUUCUUGAGUGCUCUCAUUGCUGUCCGAUGCCUCAAGAAAUUUUUGCCCAUGGAUCAACUUGCCGAAAUUGCUUGUUGUAUUGAAGCAACGAUCCCUUUCCGAUCGGACAAUCCAGAAACCAAGUUGCAACCAAUGGAACACUUGUUCAGUAGACUGGUAGAAGCAAACAAGAAAUUCAAUUUGGAAAUGAAGGAGGACCAAAUGGAAGAGGCGAUACACAAGGCUGUCAAUGUGGCUCUCAGCGAUGUUUCGAAUUUUGCUGCCACGGAUGUCUAUGAUUUCUUGGACGGCACUUGGAGUUUGCUUCCAGAGCAAAAUGAGAAUCUGCGAAUGCAGUACUGCAUUACUGUAAUGGAUAUGCAAAAGGCUCUCAAUGGAAUGUAUGGUUUCUUUCACUUUUACUUGAAACCGGAAAAUGUCUUCGACGAAUUCCGAGGCAGACCGUCUCAGAAAGAGCUUGACUGGAAGCUCGAACUAUGCAGGCGAAAUGUGUGUAUUGCCAAGAAAUAUGUAGGGGCCAAGCUGUAUGCGAUGAGCGUAGUGGCAGCAUUUGCAUGCUUGACGGGGGGCGAUGGACCACUCAGUCUUUUCUUGGGGGACCUAAAGUCAAACAAAUCAAUGUUGCAGCAUACCAGCUUUGAUGACUUUUUGCCAGAAUCCACGCUGGAUCAUCUGAAAAAGUGCGACAAGGUUGUCUACCACAUUCUCAAGGAAGGGAGAAAAACUGAAACUCUAUUUGACACAAAGCAAUCACCAAUAUCAGCAUAUCUGUAUGCAAUACUUGGGGAUGAGAGGUUGAAUGAAAUUCUAACAACAGUCGAGCUGUUUCCAAUGGAAAAGGAAAACGCUAGGCUGAUAUUAAAGGCGCUGCCAAUUGAAGCACUGGAAGCAUUAUCUACUGCCUUGAAGAGUAUAGCACUAUCCAGAACGAAGAAGUUUGAAACGCUAAUGGAACAACUUCGGGAGGAAAUGAAACGCCAAGACUAA